AUGGGCUCUGUCUUUGUUCUAAGGCCAGCGCGAGUGCCGUCAGCGUCAAGAUCCCUGAACCCAUGCGUGGUAGGGUUUGUUGUCGUUGCAGUGGUGGUGAUCCUGGCAGUGACCAUCGGUCUACUUGUCCACUUUUUAGCUUUUGAUCAGAGACCUUACUUUUAUCGUAGCAGCUUUCAAAUCCUAAAUGUUAAAUAUAGUGAUCAGUUAAAUUCACCAGGUACACAGGAAUACAGGAAUUUGAGUGGAAUAAUUGAAUCAAUGAUUCAUAAAACAUUCAAAGAAUCAGAUUUAAGAAAUCAAUUCAUCAGAGCUCAUGUCGUCAAACUCAGGCAAGAUAAUAAUGGCGUGGUGAUAGCAGAUGUUGUCAUGAAGUUUCUAUUCACUAGAUAUAACAACGGGGAUUCCAUGAAAGGAAAAAUUGAGCCUGUUUUACAACAAAUGCUGAAUAACUCUGGAAACUUGGAAAUAAAUCCUUCAUCAGAGAUCACUUGUGCUAAGGAUGGCAAAGGUAGAGGUCGCCAAGUCAUUGCAGUGGCCCGAACCUGUAACUUGAUCCUGAUUGUUCUGGAUGUCCUGAAGCCCUUGGGGCAUAAGAAGAUCAUUGAAAAUGAACUGGAAGGCUUUGGGAUUCGUUUGAACAGCAAGUCCCCAAACAUCGGCUUUAAGAAGAAGGACAAGGGAGGCAUGAACCUGACAGCCACUUGCCCUCAGAGUGAGCUGGAUGCGGAAACCGUGAAGCGCAUUCUGGCUGAAUACAAAAUUCAUAAUGCUGAUGUGACUCUGCAGAGCGAUGCCACAGCCGAUGACCUUAUUGACGUGGAGGAAGGAAACGGAGUCUAUAUCCCCUGUAUCUAUGUGUUAAAUAAGAUCGAUCAGAUCUCCAUUGAGGAAUUGGAUAUCAUCUAUAAGGUGCCUCACUGUGUGCCCAUCUCUGCUCACCACCGCUGGAAUUUUGAUGACCUUUUGGAAAAGAUCUGGGGCUACCUGAAACUAGUGAGGAUUUACACCAAACCCAAAGCAAUCCCUGGUAACGUUGCAACAGAGAUUUUUACCAAAGAAUGUGGUGCUCGUCCAGACCUAAUAACAUUGUCUGAUGAAAGGAUCAUAGGAGGUGUUCAAGCCGAGGAAGGAGACUGGCCAUGGCAGGUCAGUCUGCAGCUCCACGGGGCUCACCACUGUGGAGGCAUCCUGAUCAGUAACACAUGGAUCCUGACAGCAGCCCACUGCUUCAGACGGAACUCUGAUCCUAAUUCAUGGACAGCCACCUUUGGUAUUUCUACAAAAUUUCCUAAAUUAAGAAUAAGAGUGAGAACUAUUAUAAUCCACAACAAUUAUAGACCAGAAUUUCAUGAAAACGAUAUUGCAGUUAUUCAACUUAUCUCAGGAGUCUCCUUCACCCAAAAUAUCCAUAGGGUGUGUCUCCCAACACCUACUCAGAACAUUUUGCCUGGUUCGACUGCAUAUGUAACAGGAUGGGGAUCUCGAAAAUAUAGCGGUAACACAGUUGCAGAUCUGCAGCAAGCAAAAGUUAAAAUAAUAAGGAAUUCUGUAUGUAAUGCACCAGUUAGUUAUAAUGGAGCUGUUUUGCCUGGAAUGUUGUGUGCUGGAGUUCCUCAGGGUGGAGUAGAUUCAUGCCAGGGUGAUUCUGGUGGCCCACUAGUACAAGAAGACUCACGAAGACUCUGGUUCCUUGUGGGGAUAGUAAGCUGGGGCUUUCAAUGUGGUCUACCAGACAAACCAGGAGUGUACACUCGCGUGACAGCCUACCGAGACUGGAUUUCCCAACAAACGGGGAUCUAG